CCGGGGGCUCUAGUGAACAGCGCAGCCGGCCAGGGUUCGCGGGCUGGCGGGGAGCAGAGGCGGCCUGGGCCCGGCGGACUACGAGAUGUCACGAUGGCUGUGGCCAUGGUCAAACUGUGUCAAAGAACGGGUCUGCCGCUACCUGCUGCAACACUACUUGGGUCAUUUCUUCCAGGAGCACCUCAGCCUGGAUCAGCUGAGCCUCGAUCUGUACAAGGGCAGCGUGGCCCUGCGGGAUAUCCACCUGGAGACCUGGUCUGUGAACGAGGUGCUGGAGUCGAUGGCGUCACCGCUGGAGCUGGUGGAAGGCUUCGUGGGCUCCAUCGAGGUGGCCGUGCCUUGGGCCGCGCUGCUCACUGACCACUGCACCGUGCUGGUGUCUGGCCUCCAGCUCACCCUGAAGCCCCGCCAGGGCCCAGGCCCGGGGGCGGCCGACUCCCAGAGCUGGGCUUCAUGCAUGAGCACGAGCUUGCAGCUGGCCCAUGAGUGCCUUCGGGAUGGGCUGCCUGAGCCCUCGGAGUCGCCCCAGCCCCUAGAGGGGCUGGAGAUGUUUGCCCAGACCAUUGAGACUGUGCUGAGGAGGAUCAAGGUGACUUUCCUGGACACCAUCAUGAGGGUAGAGCACAUGCGGGGGGACCAGGAGCGCGGCAUGGCGGUGGAGGUCCUCGUGCAGAGGCUGGAGUACUGUGACGAAGCUGUGCGGGACCCAAGCCAAGCACCCCCAGUGGACGUGCACCAGCCACCUGCCUUCCUCCACAAGCUGCUGCAACUGACGGGGGUCCGCCUGCACUUUGAAGAGCUGCCCCCACAGGAAGAGCCCCCAGAGCCCCCUUUGCAGAUUGGCAGCUGCUCAGGGUACAUGGAGCUGACGGUGAAGUUGAAGCAGAACGAGGCUUUUCCGGGCCCCAAGCUGGAGGUGGCUGGACAGCUGGGCUCCUUGCACCUGCUCCUGACCCCGCGGCAGCUCCAGCAGCUUCAGGAACUGCUAGGCGCCAUGAGCCUCGCAGAGCCCGAGGGCCUGGCUGACAAGCUGAACAAGAGCCGCCCGCUGGGUGUCGAGGACCUGUGGCUGAUUGAGCAGGACCUGAACCAGCAGCUGCAGGCAGGGGCCGGGGCCGAGCCUCCCAGCCUGGACCCCCUUGUCAACCUGGACAGCACUGACCUCUUCUUCUCUAUGGCUGGCCUGACAAGCAGUGCAGCCUCUGCUCUCUCUGAGCUCUCGCUCUCCGACGUGGACCUGAGCAGUUCUGCGCACAGUAACACAGCCCCCCACCGGCUCUCGGCCCAGGCCCGCCCAGCUGGCAAGGCGACCCCCACACCCCUCCCGGAUACCCUGCGCCCUGAUUCGCUGCUGAAGAUGACCCUGGGGGGCGUGACACUGACCUUGCUUCAGACGUCUGCCCCGGAUGCCAGACCACCUGACCUCACCACCCGCUUUUUUGCCGAGUUUGAUGCCACCAAGGAUGGGCCCUUCGGCUCCCGUGAUUUCCACCACCUCCGGCCGCGCUUCCAGAGGGCCUGUCCCUGUAGCCAUGUCCGGCUAACGGGUAUGGCUGUGCAGCUGUCCUGGGAACUUCGGGUGGGUGCCAGGGGCCACCGAACUACCAGCACAGAAGUAUGCUUUGGGCAGCUGGAGGUGCUGGAGUGUCUGUGGCCCAGGGGUGCCUGGGAGCCCGAGUACACGGAGGUCCUGAGCUUCCCCAGCAGCCUGGGCUCCCAGGCUUCCGCUCGGCCCUGUGCCCAUCUGCGCCACAUACAGACCCUGCGCCGGGUGCCCAAGAGCCGACUCCGGCGCCAGGCAGCCUGCCACUGCCACUCGGAGCUGGCCCUGGAACUGGCCGACUUCCAGGCUGAUGUGGAGCUGGGGGCCCUGGAUCGGCUUGCUGCCCUGUUGCACCUGGCCACCAAUCCCCCUGAGCCGCCCACUGGCCUGAUGGCAGAACCCUUGCCAGCUGAACAGCAGGCAGUGGUAUGGCUCUCAGCACCCCGGGCCACACUGCGGCUGCACUUCCCCAUCGCCGACCUGCGGCCUGAGCGGGACCCCUGGGCCGGCCGGGCUGUGCGGGCUGAGCAGCUGCGACUGGAGCUGAGUGAGCCCCAGUUCCGGUCGGAGCUGAGCAGCGGGCCUGGCCCCCCCGUCCCCAUCCGCCUGGAACUCACCUGCUCCGACCUGCAUGGCACCUACGAAGAUGGAGGGAAGCCACCCGUCCCCUGCCUGCGCAUCUCCAGAGCCCUGGAUCCCAGGAGCCCUGGGCGCAAGUACUUCCUGCCCCAGGUAGUGGUGACCCUGAACCCGCAGCAGAGCAGCACGCAGUGGGAGGUGACGCUGGACAAGGGGGAGGAGCUGGAGGCGUCAUGUGAAAGCCCUUGUGAGCUGCGGGAGCCUGAGCCCUCACCCUUCUCCUCCAGGAGGACCAUGUAUGAGACCGAGGAGAUGGUGAUUCCUGGAGACCCUGAGGAGAUGAGAGCAUUCCAGAGCCGGACCCUGGCACUGUCCCAGUGCAGCCUGGAGGUGACCCUGCCCAGCGUCCACAUCUUCCUACCCAGCAAGGAGGUCUACGAGAGCAUCUACAACAGGAUCAACAACGACCUGCUCAUGUGGGAACCUGCAGACCUGCUCCCCACGACUGGCCCCACUGCGCAACCCCCUGGCUUCCUGGGUGCCUUCAAGAUGUGCAAGUCGGCCUUCAAAAUGGACUCAGACUCGGACGACGAGGAGGCCCACUUCUUCUCAGUUGGCACGUCGGGCACCCCCCAGCCUCCCGCCCCAAAGUCCCUGAGCCCACAUCCCCAGAGCACCUUCUCCACACUGGUAACGGUGCUGAAGGGCCGGGUUACUGCCCUCUGUGAGAGCAAGGGUGAGGGUGGGCAACGGCUAGAGGCCACUCACGGAGAGCUGGUCUUAGACGUGGAGCACAGCACCCUUUUCAGCGUCUCCCAGCACUGCGGCCAGCCAGGGCUCAGCUACUUCUGCCUGGAAGCUGAGAAGGCUACGCUCUACCACCAAGCGGCCGUGGAUGACUACCUGCUGCCCAGCCGCCUGGAGCUACCCAGCUUCACGACCCCAGCCCAGCUGGCCCCAACCAUCUACCCCUCGGAGGAAGGGCUGGUUGAGCGGGGCGCCUCCAGCCACAAGGGCCAUGGCCAGGCCCCCCAUAUGCUGUCCACCGCUGUACGCAUCCACCUGGACCCCCACAAGAACGUCAAGGAGUUCCUGGUGACACUGCGAUUGCACAGAGCCACCCUGCGCUACUGCAUGGCCCCGCCCGAGCAGAGCUGGUACUCGCAGCUGUUGGAGUUCUUGGAUGUGCUGGACGACCCAGUGCUUGGCUACCUGCCCCCGACUGUCAUCACGGUCCUGCACACACACCUGUUCUCCUGCGCUGUGGACUACAGGCCUCUCUACCUCCCUGUGCGUGUCCUCAUCACCGCAGAGACUUUCACUCUCUCCAGCAACAUCAUCAUGGACACCUCCACCUUCCUGCUCAGGUUCAUCCUCGACAACUCUGCCUUGUACCUGUCCGACAAGUGUGAGGUGGAGGCCCUGGAUCUCCGGCGAGAUUAUGUCUGUGUCUUGGAUGUUGACCUCCUGGAGCUCAUGAUCAAAACCUGGAAGGGGAGCACCGAGGGCAAACUGAGCCAGCCGCUGUUUGAGCUCCGCUGCUCCAGCAACGUGGUACACAUGCACAGCUGUGCCGACUCCUGCGCCCUGCUGCUCAACCUGCUGCAGUACGCAGUGAGCACUGGCGAUUUGCGCCCCCCACCCCGGCCCCCCAGCCCCACGGAGAUCGCUGGUCAGAAGGUACAGCUCUCUGAGAGCCCUGCCUCCCUGCCCUCCUGCCUCCCUGUGGAGACAGCCCUCAUCAACCAGCGGGACCUGGCCGAUGCCCUCCUGGAUACAGGGCGCAGCCUGCGGGAGCUGGCCCAGCCAUCAGGCGGCCCCCUCCCUCAGCCCUCGCCUGUGUCAGUCUACCUGUUCCCAGGUGAACGGAGUGGAGCCCAGCCCCCUUCGCCAUCUGCUGGGGCCCCCGCUGGCAGCUUCGGGUCAGAGGACAAGGAGGAGGAGGUGGAUGGAGACACCCUGGACAGUGAUGAGUUCUGCAUCCUCGAUGCCCCUGGCCUGGGCAUCCCGCCCCGAGAUGGGGAGCCCGUGGUGACGCAGCUGCAUCCAGGCCCCAUCAGCAUACGGGACGGGCACUUCUCCCGACCUCUGGGCAAUACGGACCUGCUGCGGGCACCUGCCCACUUCCCAGUGCCCAGCAGCCGCGUGGUGCUUCGUGAGGUCUCCCUGGUCUGGCACCUCUAUGGCGGCCGAGACUUUGGCCCCCACCCUGGCCACAGGGCAAAAGUCGGCCUCUCUGGCCCCCGGGGCUCCCCUUCCCGCAGCUCUGGCCCCAGCCGGCCCCAGAGCUCCUGGCGCACGCAGGGGGGCAGCGGGCGGCAGCACCAUGUCCUCAUGGAGAUCCAGCUGAGCAAGGUGAGCUUCCAGCACGAGGUGUAUCCAGUGGAGCACCCCCCAGGCCCCAUUGCCCCCGGCGUGGAGCUGGAGGAGCAGCCACUAUCCCGCCAGGUGUUCAUUGUGCAGGAGCUGGAGGUGCGCGACCGCCUGGCCUCCUCCCAGAUCAACAAGUUCCUGUACCUGCACACGAGCGAGCGCAUGCCGCGUCGCGCCCACUCCAACAUGCUCACCAUCAAAGCACUGCAUGUGGCCCCCACGACCAGCCUGGGGGGCCCCGAGUGCUGCCUCCGUGUCUCACUGAUGCCUCUGCGGCUCAACGUGGACCAGGAUGCCCUCUUCUUCCUCAAGGACUUUUUCACCAGCCUGGCGGCCGGCAUCAACCCCAUAAUCCCAAUGGAAACCUUGGCUGAGGCUCACCCUGAAGCCCACGUCCAGCCCAGCAGCCCCCAGGAAGGGCAACCCAAGGGCACAGAGGCACCUGGUCUGCAGGAGACCUCAGGCAGCAGCCACAGGGCGUCCUCGUCGGAGCAGCAGCCCAUCUACUUCAGGGAGUUCCGCUUCACAUCCGAGGUGCCCAUCUGGCUGGAUUACCACGGCAAGCACGUCACUGUGGACCAAGUGGGCACAUUUGCCGGCCUCCUCAUUGGCCUGGCCCAGCUCAACUGCUCUGAGCUGAAGCUGAAGCGGCUCUGCUGCCGGCACGGGCUCCUGGGUGUGGACAAGGUGCUGGGCUAUGCCCUCCAUGAAUGGCUGCAGGACAUCCGCAAAAACCAGCUGCCUGGCCUGCUGGGGGGUGUGGGACCCAUGCACUCGGUCGUCCAGCUCUUCCAAGGCUUCCGGGACCUGCUGUGGCUGCCCAUCGAGCAGUACCGGAAGGAUGGGCGCCUCAUUCGGGGGCUGCAGCGAGGGGCUGCCUCCUUCGGCUCGUCCACUGCCUCCGCUGCCCUGGAACUUAGCAACCGCCUGGUGCAGGCAAUCCAGGCCACAGCCGAGACAGUGUACGACAUCCUGUCCCCGGCUGCACCCAUCUCGCGCUCCCUGCAGGACAAGCGCUCUGCACGAAGGCUGCGCAGGGGCCAGCAGCCUGCUGACCUCCGGGAGGGUGUGGCCAAGGCCUACGACACGGUUCGAGAGGGCAUCCUGGACACAGCUCAGACCAUCUGCGAUGUGGCAUCUCGGGGCCACGAGCAGAAGGGGCUGACAGGCGCCGUGGGAGGUGUGAUCCGCCAGCUGCCCCCCACAGUGGUGAAGCCACUCAUCCUGGCCACGGAGGCUACAUCUAACCUGCUUGGGGGCAUGCGUAACCAGAUCCUCCCCGACGCCCACAAGGACCACGCUCUUAAGUGGCGCUCCGAGGAGACCCAAGACUGAGCGUGGGGUGCUGACCACCCCAACCCCGGCCAGCACGCCCACCAGCCUUGGGGUGCCACCAGCUCCUGUGCCUCCGGAGAAGUGAGGCACAGCCGGGCUGGCCCUUCAGGGGAUGGCCGCCAGAAGGACACCUCUCCCCGGCCUGCCCGGUGCCAAUUGCUGUGAGGCGGGGCCUCCCGCCCUGGGGCCCAGGCCCUGUCUCUGCACUUUCCUCUGGGUGAGAAAGGACACGUCCCUCACCGCCACAGGCCCACACUGCUGCCUUGUUCCCAGACAGAGGCUCUCACACCCUCGGACUCAGACUCGACUGCACGCAGCCAAGUGUUUCUGUGUCUUCGGGGGAGGUGAGGGACAGAUGCAGUGUGGUUCAGUGUAUUAUUUUUAAGCUCCUUGAGCGGAUGGGUCACUGUGUCUGCAUGAAGUGGAAUAAACUGUGCCCACCGCCAGCACCCUGUCCUGUGGACCUGCGUGGGCCCCUCUGCCCAGCUUCAGCCUGACUCCCACCCAGCCUCCACAUCUGCACGCAGCAUCUCCCAUCUCACCACCAGGGGGCACCACACCCUCUUGGUUCACCCAGCAGGGCAGGGCAGGGUGCACCCUUUCCCGUGGCUUCCCUGGGCUCUCCACACCCUCCCAGGGUGCAGCCGCCCUGGCCUACUUCCAAUGUGGCAGGAGCCAAGUGAACCCAGGAGGAGGACUGGCCCUUGGAGCCCACCUUGCCCAAGGCCCAUUCCUGUCAGCCCCCAGGGUCUGGCCUUGCCCAGGGCACUGAGGGAAUGCUGGUCUGUGGGGUACUUCUGGGAGGCCCAGGCCCUGGCCAUGUGAGCCUGGUCUCUGAGCCUCAGGUCACCUGGUGGCCUGGCCCUGCUGACUGGCGACCCAAGGGUCACUCAAGGCAGCUCCUAAGAGGCUGCUCCCUGUCUCUAGCAGAAGGCUUUUGGGGUGGCUGGGGCCUCUGACCCUCAGCUUCCACUCUGCCCUGGGGUGCCAGCACUGGGCCAUUGGAGGUGGGAGGGGCACAGCACUGUCCUUGUGGCUAGAAGGGGACCUGGUAGCUGCGCUUGAACAGAAAUGUACAAUUGAGAUGUCCAUUGCCCCCACCCAUACAUCUGGUUCUCGUGGACAGGCUUCUGUGGUCACGCCCUCCCCACCCUACACCCUGGAAGCACCUCACUGAGGUGAGUGGACUAGUGGGGAAACUGAGGCUCAGACUGAGUCACCCAAGAGUCAAGAGCUGGUGAAGCCUGGCCUUGCUGGGUCUUCUGCAGACCUCUCAGGGGUUAGCAGAAUUAACCGCCCCCCACUUUUUUUCACCCUCCUUGGGACCCCUGUCUCCUCUCAGUAGGGAGGAUCUGGCACCAAGUGAAGUUCUGUCCAGGGUAGACUGUGGGGUCCUUGCUACCAGUGCCACCUCAGCCAAGUGGGAGGUGGUAGGGGAGGCUCAGAGGGAGCCGAGGGUACAGACUGACACCCCCAGGAGGGGAGAUGGGGCCCAGCCGAUGCUUCCUGGAAGCCGCCCCACCCUGCCGGGCACAGUCCAGGGUUCCUGCCCUUCGACCGCACUUGUGAUCAGUAUUGACGGCGGCAGGGUAAUCAUUAACUGCCCGCCAGGGGCCGGGCCAACGGCUCAAAAGGCGGCUGGGCCCAGGGUGGCCCACUUCCUCCUCGUGUCCCAAGGGCCAGCCAGGUACCAGGUAAGAGCCUUCCUGCCAGCCCUUGCAGCCUUCUCUGCCCUGGGCAUUACAGAGCACAGAGCCUGGGUCCACCAGCCACCGUUCCAUGGGGGCACCAGCCUCUCUGAAGAAGAGGGGCAGGGAGCUGGGCAACCGCUGGUGACCCCAGGCAAACCCCUUCCCACUCUGAGCCUCAGUUUUCACCUGUGGGCUGAGGACCCAGUGCAGCCCUCAGGGCUGCCAGCUCUAAAGAGCUGGGGUUUCUGAUUGGCUGUCAGCACCCCUGCCACUGCCUCCCACCAGGCAGGCUGGGCAUUCAGACCCUGGACAGGUCUUAUCCUGGCCGAAAUGGGAGCGGCUGCUGGUCUUGCAGGGUUCAUCAGCUUUGAAGGCUUCAUUUGCAGUCGGGGAUCCUCCAUCCCACCUGACUGCAUCCCAAGAGAGAUGCCACUGAGGGAGUCUGCCAGGGUGGCUUGGACCCCAAGGGCCUGCUGUGUGACUUUGGGUGGCCUCCUUUGCCUCUCUGGGCCUUUCCCCACUGCUGGGAAAGGAGGUCAGGCCCAAUUCCACUCUAGAAACUCUGGGGUCCCCAAAGUGCCCACUGGGCCUGGGGCUGGUCUGGGGCUUGAGCCUGUCACUGAAGCCUGUCUGGGGAUGAGGACACACUUUACAGGAGAGAGGUCUGGUCCCCGGGGCCUGGGCCACUCAGUGACUCCAGCCAGGCCUGGGGGCUGAAGGGAGGACAGCUUCCAGCCUUACAAACCCUGAUUUACAUGACGAACCAGUGGUGGCUCAGAUAGGUUAAGCUUCUUGCUAAAGGUCACCCAGCUCCCAGGCCCCUGCUGGCUGCUUCGGUACUAAGUGCUCUUCCAGAUGAGUGGUUGCUUGCUGCCCUGGGUUAGGAUUCAGCAGACAGGUUUGCUGCCAGCCUCAGCAUCAUGGGAAGUACCUGUUUCUCCCUCCCCACCUCUCUGCACCUUGUUUUCUCUGUUCCUUUCUAAUCUCCACCCCACCCCCCCCACCCCGCACCUUACUGUCCUUCCUCUGUCCCCUCCCUUUCCUUCUUUCAGCCUCAUCUCCAGGUUCUCUGACACGGACGGGUCCAUCAUCUUGAAAUUCGACCUUCCAACCUCCCUAAAGGCUGACGGCUGCUGCCCCUCUGCCCCACAGCUGCGGCAGGGAGGGUGGGCAAAGGGCAGAGGGUGGAGGCCAAACCUGAAACUGGGCCCUGCUCUGUUUGGGAAAGAAACAAGGAAAUGAGGGAGUGUGGGGCAGAGGGUGUGGGGGCCGCAGAGCGGGCAAAGGCUGCUGGGAGUUGUAAAUCCCAGCCGCUCCCGGCUUUAUGGGGCAGAUUUGGGGUUGAGGCCGGACUUCGCCCAGGGAAGGAGUGUUGGCGUCAGAUGGGGCACCGGGUGUGGGCUCCAGGUGAUAAGGUGCCUCAAUAAAAAGACCAUGCGCUGGGGCCAUGAGUACCCAGGGGCUCAGGUGGGUGGGUGUGGAGUGCUCCCCAGACCCCUGUCCAAGGGGAGAGGCCAAGCAGGGAAGGCCCAGGCUUCCAAUGGG